AUGCUGCUGCUCGACCUUCCGACCGAGCUUCUGCUCCUCAUCUUCUCCUUUCUCGGCCCUGAGUACUUCCGUUCGAAUCUUCGCCAUCUUACCAUUGCUUCCAAAUGGUACAAUGCUGCCGUCGAUAUUCUGUCCGGAUAUUUCUAUCAGGAUUGGGGCAGGCCAGCGAUGUUCAGAAUGAGCAACGCAGCCUGCGAGCGUCUCAAAUCCAAGCUGCGUACCGCUAGAGUCGAGUUUGGCCUUUAUGCCUGCUCCCUGAUGAGCGCUUCCGAUUUCGACGCCUACACAAGACUAGACGUUCAGGCGAGACUCGACAAGCGAAGCUCGUCCAAGAAGCUGGUGGAUGUCCUUGGGGAAUGCCGUCAGCUAAGGUCUCUUGACAUCUGCAUAAUCUUAACGGACGGAGAUCCUGACAACGUGACUUUCGUCGGGCAUCAGUCACUGUUUCCGCUCCUUUCCCUUUCCAAUCUGACAAGCCUGGUCCUCAGCUACCAGUACCCUCUGAAAGGUGACAUGGACCUCCGGGCCAUUCCCUGCGAGCAUUUCUGCAGCGCAGCCAACGCACUCUUCCCGACACUGCGGCGAUUCUUCUACCGGAUGCCCACUGUCUGCAAGGACUUGCUCGACCUCGAGAAAUACCCUGAGCUGCCCGCCAUGGAGGAAAUGAUUAUCGGCUUGCGUCAUCGGAGCUGCCUAGGCGGGUCUCCAGCCGUCAUGUCUCUGGAAUGCGCCCCCCCUGGCGAGAAACCCGGUGAAGUGGUGAAGCCAAAACAGUUCGAGGCUCUGGCUCGCAAGUUUGCAGAUCGGUUGCCCAACGCCAAGGUUCUACUCAUUACUUCCAAUCAGCUUCUUGAUGACGGGGGACACCGGGUUCGCGAAUACGAUGCCUUGAAGGACGCGGAGCAGUUUUGGCUGGGUGAGGACGUGUGGGGUGGCACCUUGUGGUUUGACCACGACAGCCAGCCUUCUCCUUCUCUUCUCGAAUAUUACUACGGAGAAAUGGAAAAAUUAAUAGCAGGGGACAGAGAUGAACUCACAGAAGAGAACGACGAGCUCACAGACGACGGUGACGAUGAAGACUCAGAGGAGAGCGGGGAGGGGAGCACCGAGGAGGACGGCGAGGACGAUGCGGACGACGCGGACAGCACUUCGCAGGAGUAG